AUGGAAGCCAAGAAGGUCAUCGAGAACGUCCAGGGCAUCAACGGUGGACAGGCAGCGAAUGGUACUCUUCGCCUAACAGAUUAUCACUUCGUGUUUUGCGCGCCCGUCGGCCCUCCAGCCGAUACGUCCGCAGCGCCGCCGAAGACACGGGAGCGAUGGCUCACGUAUCCGACCUUUAGCCACUGCACCUUUCGACCGACUCCCCCGGGUUCUAUACAAGCCGCCUCUAUCCGAAUCCGCUGCCGAGACUUUACGUUUGUCACCUUCAACUUUGCCAACAACGAGGUGGCCAAGGAGGUCUUUGAGUUCAUCAAAGCCCGUACUUGCAGGCUCGGCACCGUGGAAAGGCUCUUUGCCUUCUCACACAAGCCUCUCAAGAACGAGCGCGAGGUCAACGGCUGGCAUAUUUACGACCCUAAGGCUGAGUUUAGACGGCAGGGCAUCAGCGAGAAGCUGCCCGACAAGGGUUGGAGAAUCACCCACAUCAACAAGGACUACACUUUCUGCGACACGUACCCGGCAGUCCUAGUCGUUCCCUCCAAGAUAUCGGAUAAUGUCCUGAAAUAUGCCAAAGACUUUCGUUCCAGAUGCCGUAUACCCACUCUAUCUUAUAUCCACCCCAUCAACAACUGCACUAUCACGCGGAGCUCCCAGCCUUUGUCUGGUAUUACACGAAAGACAAACGUGCAGGAUGAAAAGCUAGUUGCCGCUUCCUUCUCAGUCUCUGUGUCAGCCAGUUCAGAAAGCACCACACCCAUGUCUAGUCAGCUUGAUGUUUCAAGUGCAGGCUCUAGCAACGCUGCAGAGCUGAGUGACUCGGGCAACUUUGAGCCUGAAAUAAUUGCGCCACCUGUGGCCAUGUACGAUGAAAAGACUGGGAAAAGGCUUGUCUAUGGUGCUCAGCAGAGCAACCUCAUUGUCGAUGCUCGACCGACCAUCAAUGCCGUCUUAAACCAGGUCCAGGGUAUGGGUUCCGAGAACAUGGACAAGUACAAGUUUGCGACCAAGAUAUUCCUCAACAUUGCAAACAUCCAUGUUAUGCGCAGCUCCCUCAACAAGGUAGUUGAGGCGCUCAAGGAUGCCGAUAUUUCUCCUUUGCCUCCAAGCAGGGAACUCCUACACCAAAGUAGUUGGCUCAAGCACAUAGGUGACGUCCUCAAGGGCUCCGACGUCAUCGCCGAACAGGUUGGUAUCAGACACUCGCACGUCUUGAUUCAUUGCUCCGAUGGCUGGGAUCGUACAAGUCAGUUGAGCGCACUUUCUCAAAUCAUGCUCGAUCCAUACUACAGAACGAUCGAAGGCUUUGUGGUACUGGUCGAAAAGGAUUGGUUGUCCUUUGGUCACAUGUUUAGGUUGCGCUCAGGGCAUCUCAACCACGAUGACUGGUUCCUGGUGCAACGUGACGCCUUUGCCGGCACCAGGGUGAACCCAGGCGAGAACGAUGGCCGCAACGACGCCUUCCAAAACGUCAUUAGUGGUGCAAAACGUUUCUUCAAUCAAAGCAAGGAAGAGGAUGAGCCAGAUGUAGCGAGUGAGGCGGCAUCUGGAAAAGUGGUUGACGAGGAGGCCACCACUCCCAAAAUGGUCAGCCCAGUUUUUCACCAGUUCCUGGACUGCACCUAUCAGCUCAUUCGCCAGCACAAGAACCGAUUCGAGUACAAUGAGAGAUUCUUACGACGUUUGCUCUACCACCUAUAUUCUUGCCAGUACGGCACCUUUCUUUACAACUCAGAGAAGCAGCGAGUCGACGCCAAGGUAAUGGAGCGAACGUCAUCCGUUUGGGACUAUUUCUUGUGCCGAAAACAAGAGUUUACGAAUCCCGACUACGAUCCUACUGUCGACGACCGCCUCGAGGGCAAGGAACGCAUUAUUCGUCUUCGGCCGCAAGACAUUCGCUGGUGGUACCAAGCUUUUGGCCGGACCGACGAUGAGAUGAAUGCUACUCUUGACGCCACUGCGCUCAGCGAGAACGAGAGACGUGUAGCCGUCUCACGGCUCCAUAAUUCAGAAAUUGCGUCGCCGAGCCCAAAGUCACCGAGUCUCGGAACGAGCAAAUCAGUCUUGACAGGAGUGGACAUCUCUCAGGACCUUACGCCGGCGAAUCAGUCUCUCAGACGUAGCGUAUCGGCCGAAGAUGUUGUCACGAACCCGAGCCUCGGCGCAGGCGCCUUUGCAGCACUACGGGAUGGCAUCGCCAACAUCAACAUUGGCAAAGGUGUCUUUGCAAACACGUCAACAGAAGCAGCCGGCCAGGCUGGUGCCAAUCCCAAGCCAGACCAAGAAAUGCAGGAGAUGACGUAG